AUGCUCUCCAUCGAUGGCACAGUGAAGAACAGUGCGGCCAUCAGUGUUACUUCUGCCAUAAGUAAAGAUUUUGGGAUUGUGGGCGAAUAUGUUACGUUCCUCCUCCAAGGAGUAGUAAUAGCAGAGACUGAAGAAGGCAUUUUUCAUACCAUGGAGUGCUGCCAAGAAGAGACGAGUCUCACCGUCAUUGUUUCGCUCACCGAUAGUAUCAGGAUGCGGAGAAGCAAUGGAAACGCAUAUUCCCGAAAGGGUCCUAAUUCAUCGCAUAAAAUUGCUGUUAAAUCUUGCCAUGAUUUAACAAAUCAAUUGCAACACAUUGAGAAGAUAGUUGAGAAACAAACUUCUCAACAAGUUGCAAAAAACCAUUUACGGUUGAAGACUAUGAUAGAUGCUGUCCAAUGGCUUACAUUUCAAGCUUGUGCAUUUAGAGGUCGUAAUGAAAGUCAUGGUUCUAAUAAUCGAGGGAAUGUUAUUGAAUUGAUAAAGCUCUUAGCAUUUUAUAAUAUGGAUGUGGUAGAUGUUGUGUUACACAAAGCUCCUCAAAAUACUUCAUACUACUCGCAUCGAAUUCAAAAGGAGAUUCUUAGGGCCUGUUUGGAGUAUUUUUUUGACAUAGUUCAUGUAUCGGAUACAACAUCAGCAACUUUGAAAGAAGAAAUAUGUAUUGUCCUAUCUCGUCAUAAUCUCAGUGUACAAAAUAUUCGUGGUCAAGGAUAUGAUGGUGCUAGUAAUAUGCGUGGAGAGUGGACUGGGUUGCAAGCCUUAUUUCUUCAUGACUGUCAUUUUGCGCAUGAUCAGUUAAAAGUUGAUCAAGCUAAAGAAAUUAUAUCAAAACUUGCCAUUGAUGAAGUUGAAACUGAUGCAGAUGGAGUUUAUGAUAAGAUUACAUCUUUUGAGUUUGUGUUUAUCUUACAUCUUAUGAGAGAUAUUAUGGGGACUACUGAUGAUCUUUGCCAAGCUUUGCAACGUAAAUCCCAAGAUAUAUUGAAUGCAAUGCAUCUAGUGUCAACUACAAAAGCACUUGUUCAAAAAUAUAGAGAAGACGGACGGUUUCCUUCAUUGGAGAAUGUUCAACUAUUUUGUGGAAAAUAUGACAUAGAAAUUCCUGAUAUGAGUGCUCGUUACACAUUUGGUAGAGGUCAUGAUUGUCACCAAAGAGAUCACAUUACUAUUGAGCAUCAUUUUCGGGUUGAUAUUUUUAUAAUUAUAUGUGAUUCUCAAUUGCAAGAAUUGAACAACAGAUUCAAAAAAGGUGUGAUGGAGAUGCUUGUUCUUAGUUUUGCUUUAGAUCCUAGGGAUGAUUACAGUUCAUUCAAAAUUGAAAAUAUGGACAAGCUUGCAAAUCAAUUUUAUCUUAAUGACUUUACAGAGCAAGAAAAAAUACAUUUGAUAUUGCAAGUGCAAAAUUAUAAGAUUGACAUCCUUAAAUAUCUUGAGUUUCAGCAGUUGUUGACAAUUUCAAACUUGUGCCAAAUGUUGGUAAAAACAAAGAAGUCAACAAUUUAUCCUCUUGUCAAUAGAUUAAUUCGUCUUGCUCUAACUUUUCUAGUUUCUAUGGCGGCAACAGAACGGGCAUUUUUGGCCAUGAAAAUUGUAAAGACUAGAUUACGCAAUAGGAUAGAGGAUGGUUUUUUUUUUCAAGCUACUUGUUAA